UCCCCUGCCUUGCCUUUUAGUCUCCGUCCCUCGUCUGGACAUAUAUAAAAUAGAGUCCACCCGUCUGGGGAAGCUAGUUUUUGGAUCAUCAGUCACCAAUACCAAAAGAUCUUCCACUACUUGUCAACUCCCGUACGCUACCCUUCCCCAGAUCUUCGACGGGUACCUACAUACAGCAAUACACAAACAUAUAUCAGCAUCAUAUCAUUCAACAAGCCCAACUAAUACACCAACGAAUCGACCAACAUCAUCAAACAAUCACAAUGCCUUCCUACCACAUCACUGAGCCUCACCCUUCGGUGCCCUCAUCCAACAUCUACCAUUCUGGCCGUGGUGGUGCAGGCAAUGUAACUCGCGUCAACCCCAAGAACGUCACAGAUGGUCGCUCUGCAACAGGCCCUGCUUCUCGCGUUAAGCUCACCCCUCCUCCUCACAAUGCUCUCUUCACCUCAGGGCGAGGUGGCGCUGGUAACGUCCAUCGCGAGAAAGAACGGGCCAUGUUCUCUUUCGACGAGGAGCUUGCACAGCAAGAACGCUUGAGGGAACAUGCCGCUCCUGUCUAUCACAUUGGCCGUGGAGGCGCUGGAAACCUCGUCGAUGACCUCCAACCGCGUUGCGCUCGCCAAAACUCCGCCUCCUCCACCCUCUCCUCUGAUUCGGAGGCUGGCGUUCGACGAAGCCUUGAAGGUGCCUGGCACAAGGUCAGCCGGCAGUUCUCUCGCCAGUCAUGAUACAUGAAUCUUUGGGACGAACGAAUAAUCCAUCAUCUAUCAUCGACUUCGCAUCAUCGUCACCAUCGGGCAUUACGAGCAAGGCGUUUGGGGUUUCCAUCUUUUGAAUUUCCUUUGUAUCACUGGCCACCAACCUUGUACGUCUGUACACCAAAAAGUUUUGCGU